AUGUGGUCGAAUAACCUGCUCGUCGUAGUUAUCUUAAAUUGGGGGACGCUGGUCACCGGUGACAUUGGAUCCACAGAGCGAAGACGCUACUCCAACCCUACUUAUUACAAUGUCGGAGGAGUCCUGUCAAGUAACGAGUCUGUUACUUACUUUAAGGAUACAAUCUCGAAUCUAAACUUCAAAGACCAAUAUGUACCUCGAGGUGUUACUUAUCACGACUACUCCAUGCUCAUGGACCCAAAUCCAAUCAAAACGGCGCUAAACGUUUGUAAAAAUCUAAUUUACCACCGUGUGUACGCAGUAGUAGUGUCUCAUCCUCUGACUGGGGACCUUUCUCCGGCAGCUGUGUCAUACACUAGCGGGUUUUACCAUAUACCAGUGAUAGGCAUCUCUUCAAGAGACUCUGCCUUCUCCGAUAAGAAUAUUCAUGUAUCCUUCUUAAGAACCGUACCACCAUAUUCUCAUCAAGCAGAUGUAUGGGUCGACGUAUUAAAGCAUUUCAACUAUAUGAAGGUCAUUUUCAUUCAUAGCUCUGAUACGGAUGGCAGGGCUAUUUUAGGACGAUUUCAGACAACGUCACAGAGUGUAGACGAAGACGUAGACAGAAAAGUAGUAGUCGAGCAAGUGAUCGAGUUCGAGCCAGGAUUGGACUCCUUCAGCGACAGACUUAUGGAUGUUAAAGGUGCUCAAGCAAGAGUAUUUCUUAUGUAUGCCAGUAAAACCGAUGCAGAAAUAAUAUUCCGCGACGCGACCUUCCUAAAUAUGACUACAGUCGGCUAUGUGUGGAUGGUGACAGAACAGGCCCUUGACGCUGCCAAUGCACCCGAAGGCCUGCUUGGCUUAAGACUAGUCAACGCUACUAACGAACAUGCACACAUUCAGGAUUCCAUCUACGUUCUCGCAUCUGCAAUCCGAGAUAUGAACAAGUCUGAUGAAAUACUUGCUCCACCAUCUGACUGUGAUAACUCAGGCACUACCUGGACCACAGGCCGUCUUCUAUUCGACUAUAUACGAAAACAGAGGUUGGAGAACGGAGCUACAGGAUAUGUGGCUUUUGACGAUCACGGCGAUCGAGUUCAUGCUGAAUAUGACAUGGUCAAUGUAAGAGCUCAAGGGGAACAUGUUGCUGUUGGAAAAUACAUUUACUCCAAGGAAACCCAUAAAAUGAGACUAGAGUUAAAAGAGCAGGAAAUUAUUUGGAUGGGACGUAGCACAUCGAAACCAGAAGGAUUUAUGAUACCGACACAUCUAAAUGUACUCACAAUAGAAGAGAAACCUUUUGUGUACACUCGUCGUAUAGAUGACGGGAGUGAUUGUAAUCCAGAAGAGAUACCUUGUCCACAUUACAAUGCAACUGAAGACACAGAUCAGCUUUACUGCUGCAAAGGGUUCUGUAUGGAUCUCUUGAAACAUCUCUCAAAGACUAUCAAUUUCACAUAUUCUUUGGCACUCUCACCUGAUGGGCAGUUCGGUAAUUACGUUAUUCGCAACUUUACGCAACCAGGAGCUAAAAAGGAAUGGACCGGACUUAUAGGAGAGUUGGUAUAUGAACGUGCAGACAUGAUUGUUGCUCCGUUGACAAUAAAUCCUGAACGCGCUGAAUUCAUUGAGUUUAGUAAACCAUUUAAAUACCAAGGUAUAACCAUUUUGGAGAAAAAGCCCUCACGUUCAUCAACACUGGUGUCGUUCUUGCAACCCUUUUCUAACACACUAUGGAUUCUGGUAAUGGUUUCUGUCCACGUGGUAGCACUGGUCCUGUACCUUUUGGAUAGAUUCUCUCCGUUCGGUCGAUUCAAGCUGGCAAAUAUUGAUGGCACUGAAGAGGAUGCUUUAAAUCUUUCCAGCGCAAUUUGGUUUGCCUGGGGAGUUCUUUUAAAUAGCGGGAUAGGCGAAGGCACUCCGCGAAGUUUCUCGGCUCGAGUACUAGGAAUGGUUUGGGCAGGAUUUGCAAUGAUCAUCGUAGCCUCAUAUACUGCUAACUUGGCGGCUUUCCUUGUGCUCGAACGACCUAAAACGAAACUAACUGGAAUCAAUGAUGCUAGGCUUCGCAAUACGAUGGAAAACCUUACUUGUGCUACGGUGAAGGGAUCAGCUGUUGAUAUGUAUUUUAGGCGACAGGUUGAGUUGUCCAACAUGUACCGCACUAUGGAAGCCAAUAAUUAUGAUAACGCGGAACAGGCUAUACAAGAUGUUAAGCAAGGGAAAUUAAUGGCAUUUAUUUGGGAUUCUUCUCGCUUGGAAUUCGAAGCAGCUCAAGACUGCGAAUUGGUGACGGCUGGGGAACUGUUCGGUCGUUCGGGCUACGGUGUAGGCUUGCAAAAGGGCUCUCCUUGGGCAGAUUUGGUAACUCUUGCGAUCCUUGAUUUUCAUGAAAGUGGAAUAAUGGAGUCUCUGGAUAACCUAUGGAUUCUGAGAAACAACAUGCUAAACUGUGAGGAAAACGAAAAAACUCCCAACACGUUGGGUUUGAAGAACAUGGCUGGAGUGUUUAUACUUGUGUUAGCGGGAAUUAUAGGGGGAAUAGUUCUUAUAGUCAUCGAGGUGGUGUACAAACGUCAUCAGAUCAAGAAGCAGAAGAGGAUGGAGAUAGCGCGCCACGCGGCAGAUCGGUGGCGUGGCGCUGUUGAGAAACGGAGGACGCUUCGUGCAUCCAUUCUGCCAUCGCAACGGAGGGCCAAGUCAAACGGAGUCAAAGAAGCAGGAAGUAUCAGCCUUGCGGUGGACCGAGGAGCUAGGCGUCGAGAUGAGCCACGUGUACCACGUUACUUGCCCGCCUAUACACCAGAUGUGUCGCAUCUUGUUGUCUAG